CUAUGUUGCCAGUGCCCUGUGUGAUGCAAAGCUGCUGAUAGAGAAAAUCUCCAAUUCUGUGUCUGACAAGGAAAUCUUGAAAACUGUUCAGUGGGUACGACAUGACCCCUCCACCUCUGACACAAAUUCUUAUUCUGCGGAUGUGUCAAUAUUCAUUGAGAAUGCUUGGAGGAUGAAGCUUAAGAAGGUUGAGAUCUUGCUUGACAACCAGCCCCACAGUAUCAGCUUUGACAAGAUGCAAGAAUAUAACAUAGCUUCAGGGAAGUCUGUGAAGAUCUCCAGGAAGUUGAUUGAAUUAGGGGAUGUGACCCAGGAUGUACCAGAGGAGGAAUACUCCCUGCUGGCUAACUUGCCUGAAGCAACGAAAGUCGACGAGGACUCCGAUGAAUUUCAGGAAGUGAUUAAAUGUUUCUACGAAACCAUACAGGAGUACCACAACAAAAUAAGAAUCAUACAGGUGGAGAAACUCAUGAAUCGGCUGCUGUACAAUCAGUACAAGCUGAAGAAAGCGAGCGUGCUGCAACAGUCCACCCACCCAACAAUCGAACGCACUCUGUUCCACGGCACCAGCGAGGCCAGUGUUAAAGAGAUUUGUGUUCAUGGAUUCAACAGAAGCUUCUGUGGGAAGAACGCCACUGUCUACGGUCAGGGAGUGUACUUCGCCGUCAACUCUGCUCUGUCUGUCCAGGAUCAGUAUUCACCCCCCAACGCAGAUGGAUACAAGUUUAUUUUUGUGUCAAAGGUUUUAACAGGAGACUUCACUAAAGGCACCCAUUCAAUGAAGACGGCGCCCCUAAAGGAGACGGGCGAUAUUCCCCUCAGAUACGACAGCGUGACUGAUGACAUCACCAGCCCAGCCAUGUUCAUCAUCUUCAAUGACACGCAAGCUUUUCCAGAAUAUCUCGUCACAUGCCAACGAAUCCACCGCUGAGCGCAGCACGUUUCAUUUGGAGAAAGGACUCUUCAGGUUUUAGUGUUUGUAAUAUGAUUUAAAAGUGGUUUUACACGUUAAAGGGCUCCGUUUUU